AUGAUCAUCGUUCAAAGUACCAGUCAUAGUGCAAACGACUAUACGCAUAGUGCAAACGACUAUACGCAUAGUGCAAAGUACCACAGUGAUCGUACAAAAUACCGCAGUCAUAGUACAAAUGGCAACAGUCAUAGUACAAACGACUAUACCCAUAGUACAAAAUACGGCAGUCAUUGUCCAAAUGACCAUAGCCAUGGUACAAAGUACCAUGGUGAUAGUACAAAGUACCACAGCCAUGGUACAAAUGACUAUAGUCAUAGGCCAAUGUGUAACUGUCGUGGCGUACAUGAUGAUAGCUAUCGUAGUUUGAAACAUGAAGGCGGUCAUUUUGAUACGGUAACUGUGAUACAUUGGACUACGAAUAGGGCCGCUUGUGUCAUGGCUACAGUGCUUUGUCUGAUGAGUAUGGGUUUUGUGGUACAUGUCUUGUAA